UCCUUUUCCAUUCCAUUUUAAACCAUCCAAAUAUGCUUUUCUAUUCCAUAAUUAACUUUGGUCUCAAUCUAAGCUCUCGUUUCUCAAAUUUCUCUCUCAUUCGCUUUUCUUCCGUUUGGCUCAAAUUCAAAAUUCUCUCGCGGAUCCCUCUGCGAUUAUCUCCAAAGGGAUCAACAGGUAGAGAAGAUAAAUGGGGCUGUCAUUCGCUAAGCUUUUCAGCCGGCUUUUUGCCAAGAAGGAGAUGCGAAUUUUGAUGGUGGGCCUUGAUGCAGCCGGUAAGACUACCAUUUUGUACAAGCUCAAGCUUGGAGAGAUUGUCACCACUAUUCCCACCAUCGGAUUUAAUGUGGAAACUGUUGAAUAUAAGAACAUCAGUUUCACUGUCUGGGAUGUUGGUGGUCAGGACAAGAUUCGUCCUUUGUGGAGGCAUUACUUCCAAAAUACACAGGGUCUCAUCUUCGUGGUUGACAGCAAUGACAGAGACCGUGUUGUUGAGGCCAGGGAUGAAUUGCAUAGAAUGUUGAAUGAGGAUGAACUGCGAGAUGCUGUGUUGCUUGUAUUUGCAAACAAGCAGGAUCUUCCAAAUGCAAUGAAUGCUGCUGAAAUAACUGACAAGCUUGGCCUCCAUUCCCUUCGACAGCGUCACUGGUAUAUCCAGAGUACAUGUGCAACAUCUGGUGAGGGGCUUUAUGAGGGCCUAGAUUGGCUUUCCAACAACAUAGCUAACAAGGCCUGAAGCUAUUAAGAAGAUUUUUGCAAUGUGGGAAGUUCUGGAAGCAGGGGGGAGCAUUAUCUCGUCUUAUUAUUAUUUUUUUUCAAUCAUUCUCCUUUCCCCCUCAUUUUUCAUCUGAGACAGUCGGAUUGUUGUUAUGCCUUUAUUUGCAUUUUGUGAUGAUCAUUAAUUUAGUUGGGAACUUAUGGCUAUAUUGUAACUAAAAAACUGGCUGGUUGGAUAUAUAAUACCUUUGGAUAA